AUGCUGGGGCCGGCGCUGGGCGCCGAGGAGCCGGGGCUGGCGGAGGGCCGGGGCGCCAUGCCCGCCCUGCCCGCCCUGCUCUGGCCGCUGCUGGCCCUGGGGGCGGCGGCGGCGGCGCUGCUGGUCCGCAGGGGGCUGCGCCGAGGCCCAGCCACCGAGGAGGAGGAAGCGGAGGAGGAGGAGGAAGAGCCCAGGCAGCAGCGGGAGGAAGCGAGGAGCUCGGCGCAGGUUCCAGUGAAUGGGCAGCUUGUAACGUCAGCCAACAUCAGAGAGAAAAAGCUUCUCAAGCCUAAGAAGAAGAAGAAAGCCCAGUGUUCAGACAAGGAGGCAGUGAAAGAUCUGCUUUCUGUGGAAAAAGACAAGCUGCAAGAGGACGAAGGUGUCUGGCAGACCAAGAUCAGCAGCCGAGAAAAGAGACAUUUAAGGAAGGAAAGGCUGAAACAAAAAGACGCCAGCAGAGCAUCUCAGGGCAGCUCGGUGGCUAAGCCGGCCUUUGACUGGGAUGAGAAGGAAACGGGGUGGCCACUCACAGAGGACACUGGUGGCCGUGGAAAAGGUGCUCUCAUCACCAGGGCAGAGUGUGGGACUGUGCUAAAGGCCUCAGAAGCUACAAGAGAGGAAUCUGUGCUCUCCCAGUCAGAAGAGGAUGUGUUUUCCAAUGUAGGAACAUGGGAUAUUGCAGAAGUAAAAUCCUGUCCUGUGACCUUUGGGACAUUAAUAGAGCUGUCAAAGGAGUUAGAUAAUGUAAAGAGUAAAUCAUCUGAGGACAGUCCUUCAAGAUGCUGCUGGAGCACCAGCUUGACUUUCCUCCCAGCAGAUGAUGUCUGGCAGGAGCAGGAUGAUCCUUCAGUGAUUGACCUGGACUCUGACUGGAAGGCUCCCACAGAAGAGUGGGGAAACUGGACAGGAGAUGAGGAACAUCAGACAGGAGAUGAGAAAGAAAAGGAUUUGCCAAAAGGCAAAGAAGGCAUUAAUUUCUGUCUUUCUGGACUCAAAAGCAAAAUGCAGCGGAAGAAGAAGAAAAAUGAAGUGAAGGAAGCAAGGGGUGCAGCUGGACUGAUGCAUCCCCAGCAAGGUUUGGAAACAAGAGAGGAAGAAGGCCCAAGGGACUUGAUAUCUACGAAACAUCGCAGUGAUGCAGUCUGUGCUUCCUCCAGAAAAUCCGUGGACGUUCCCAAUAAUCCACACACUAACAAUGUACCCGGAAAAAAGGAGAGGAGGAAGAGGAAGAAGAUGAAAGAGACUUGAGGGAGCUUUGUAGCUGCCAGAGAGACAACCAAAUGGGGGCAGGCAUGCUGAUGAGCUGCAAGAAUUCUCCUUUCUGUGAUGCUGCGCUGAGCCCAAAGUAAAGAGAGGAUCUAGAAGACUUCCCAGCGAGGGGAAGAGGAGAACAGGAACAGUGAGCAACAGAGUGGGAGUGUGUGAGAGAAAGGAGAGAAGGAGCACACUGUGCUCCGGAGGUGGUAUUGAAACAGAAUGGGUGUUAAUAACAAAUUGCUGCCCUUGAUUAAAAACUGUUGAAUGGGUUUUGACCGGUGGCAUUAAGACCUUUCAGUUUUUCACUGUCACAUUGUUUGUCAACUUGUAAUGUUUUAUACCAUUGUAGGACUGGUUGGGACAUGGCCAACGGUGAUUGCAACUUGAGUUCCAUGGAGGAUCCACCAGCUAGUCUGGUCUCCCCUGGCAUUUUUGCAGAUGUGCUCAUCAACAGGCUAGUAAUGUACAGAAGAAAGCAUUGUUCAGAGACAAAAGGAGAAUAAUAUAGAUCAUUCUCAAACCUCCCAAAUCUUUUAAAUCCUUGUUGGCUGCUACAGUCAGAAUUUUAUGCUUUUCACCCCAUGUCAGGCUAGGUUGCUCCACAAGGGAAAAUUUCUCAAGGAGGUGUUAAACUUACUUAGAAAGACAUUAUAAACCCUUUUGUCUUCCCAGUUUUUGUGGUGGGCUGAAGUGUAAAGCCUGUAUGUCCAAAGCAUGUUGCAUUUGUACUUAUAGUAGACUGAAGUGACUUUUUGAAAUAAUUUUUCUAAUCUGAUGUCUGGAAGUUUUUAGCAUUUUGUUAUUUGAAUAUUCUAAUAUAAACAAAAUUUGUGAAUGAAACUUUUAGAAAUGUCAUUGAGUAUUUACCGAAGAGCGCGCACUUCUUAUUGUCAGGGGGUUUAUGGCAUGGUGGAGGGAAUGUGUUACAAGCGAGUGCUGUGGUUUGUAAGUAGCAUCAAGGUGAUGCCACUGAGAGCUGAAGCCCUUUAUCUCUGCAGAGCUGCAGCUCUGGCAGGAGCAGUGAGGGUUCUUCAGGCUGUCCCAAGACUGUGCCUCACCCUGACCCAUCUUAGAAGUGCUACCUCGAAGGAUGAGGUAAUGAUUGUCAAAUCUCCACCUGCAUUGGACUUCGUGCCUUUGGAGGUUGUGUGGGAAGGUGGCAGUUGCUAAUGCAUGUUAAAGUGCGCUUCGUCAUAGGCAUUGGGCUGAUGACACUCAUUUCACAUAGGACACUGAGUAACCGUGGAUUUUAUUGGCUUUAAACUGCUACAGCAGCACGCCCGUUUGCAUUACUGAGCCAGAGGAGAGCUCUGUGCUUCUGCCAUCCCAGCCAUCCAGACCCUGAUGCCCGCUUGUCUGAGCUUUACCCACAGCUAGACUUUUUACCCCAUAGUCUUCAUCUUUUGCACAGAUAUCAGAGCAGCUGUUUCCUUCAGAAAAGCAAUUAAUCACAGCAAUGUAUUUGUGUUUGGAAUUAUAAGUAAAGGGACGGUUCUCUUCUGUUUUUCCAGUGAUUUUUCUGGGGGCAGCUAGCUGUACAGUGUGCCCUGAAGUUUAGCAAAACAGGCUUGUUUCAGACAGGUGAGGGAUAAUCUUAACUGAUGCCACUUAGCAGCUCACUGUCUAAAAUCUGCCCAUCUUGAUGUUUGUAUAUCAGUGUAGGAGAAAUAUAGGCAAUUUAUGAAUGUAUGAAUGGACCAAAUAGCUUUUAUGUGGAAAGUAACUGUUCUGGAGCAAAUGCAUAACAAGAAAAAGCAUGGCCUCACUGGAGAAACAAGUACAGCAAGUUCAAGGAUUUAGAAGAUGUGUUAAUGAGUAUGUAAGUAAUGAGUAAAGUUCUAACUCUGAGGCCAAUGGAAAACAUUCAUUGACCUACUU